UAUAGUCACCUUUACGGCAUCAUAUGAGGCUGUCUGUGAUUGUGAAUCAUACAGUUAUCAACAAGUAUUAUCGCGCGUUUUCCUUUACGGACGUGCUUUUACGCUGCUGCGUAAAGUUAUUUUCGAGUUUAUUUGCGAACACAACGGUCACAAAACUGCGCAACAAAGUUUUUUCCCCUGUAAUCGAACACAAGACGCAACGCCAUGUGUUCUACCGAGCCCAAUAAUAUCAAUAAUGGCGAGAAACAACAACGAGAUAGCGACGAUGUUGGCGAUGCAUUCGGAUCAUUAGGAAUCAGCAGAAACAAUAUAACUCCUGCUGCAUCAUUACAAACAUCACCAACUGAACGUUAUGCUACACAUUAUAAAAUGAAUCAUCCUAAACGUGGUAUAGCUUUAAUCUUUAAUCAUGAAUUUUUCACUAUCUCGCAUCUCAAAUCUCGCGCUGGUACAAAUGUAGACUGCGAUAAUCUUAUUAAUACACUAAAAAAUCUUGGAUUUGAAGUAAAUGAUCUCCAUAAUUCUACUCAUAGAGAUAUAGUAAAACAGUUAGAAAGAGUUGCAGACAUGGAUCAUUCUGAACAUGAUUGCUUGAUAAUAGCCGUAUUAAGCCACGGCGAACUCGGUCAACUCUACGCUCAUGACACUUCAUAUAAAGCAGAUUCUCUCUGGCAUCACUUCACUGCCGAUAGAUGUCCGACUCUCGCUGGAAAACCUAAACUAUUUUUCAUUCAAGCUUGUCAGGGUGACAGACUAGAUCCGGGCAUAGUUUUCAAGGAACGAACAGAAACAGAUGGAUUACCAACCGCGACAUAUCGUAUUCCUUCUCAAGCUGACUUUAUGAUUGCCUAUUCAACCAUACCAGGUUACUAUUCCUGGAGAAACACUAGCCGCGGAUCAUGGUUUAUACAAGCUUUGUGCUUGGAAUUACGCGAAAAUGGCAUUCGAUACGAUUUGUUAACUUUGUUAACAUUUGUAUGUCAGCGUGUUGCCAUAGAUUUUGAAUCAAACACGCCCGAUAAUCUAACUAUGCAUCAACAAAAACAGAUUCCGUGCAUCACUUCUAUGCUGACACGCUUGGUAAAAUUUACAUCUCCAAUGAAUGGAGUUGUAUAGUCAAUCGUAUAAGAAGCUAUAUAAAAAAAUUCAUGUACUUGUAUCUGUGCCAGUGAUACAUUUUUAUAUGUCAGAAUAAUACAUUCUUUUUUUUGUUUCUUUUCUUUAAUUACAUUUUUCAUAUUACAUCAUUGAUCGCAUUUUUUUGUGUAUUAUGUUCCUUUCUUGUGUAACAGAUAAAUACAAUUACUGCCACAUUUAUAAUUUUUUUA